AUGUCCGGUGUUACUAGCGGCGACUAUGCCAACUACACCGUCCUCAUGCCGCCCACCCCGGACAAUCAGCCGUACAGCGGCGGCGGUGGCGCGCCGUCCUCCACGUCGACGGGUGGUGGCUCCAGGCCAGACGACUUCCCCUUGCCUCCCUAUGGCCCGUCGGCGUCCCCUAAGAUCGUCAACCGGCGCGGGGGCGCCGGCGGGGACGACGUCGCCGGGGGCGUCAGCAGCAAGAUGGACCGGCGGCUGUCGACGGCGCGCGUGCCGGCGCCGUCCAAGUCGCUGCUGGUGCGGAGCCAGACCGGGGACUUCGACCACAACCGGUGGCUGUUCGAGACCAAGGGCACGUACGGCAUUGGCAACGCGUACUGGCCGCAGGACAACAGCGCGUACGCCGCCGCCGACGGCGGCGGCGGCGCGGGCGGCGGCCCCGUCAAGAUGGAGGACCUCGUGGACAAGCCGUGGAAGCCGCUCAGCCGGAAGGUGGCCAUUCCGCCCGGCAUUCUCAGCCCCUACAGGUUGCUGGUGCUGGUGCGCUUCAUCUCGCUGUUCCUGUUCCUGAUCUGGCGCGCGACGAACCCCAACCUGGACGCGCUGUGGCUGUGGGGGAUCUCCAUCGUGUGCGAGUUCUGGUUCGCCUUCUCGUGGCUGCUGGACCAGAUGCCCAAGCUGAACCCGAUCAACCGGGCCGUCGACCUCACCGCGCUCCGGGAGAAGUUCGAGUCCGUGACGCCGGCCAACCCGACGGGCCGCUCCGACCUCCCCGGGCUCGACGUCUUCAUCUCCACCGCCGACCCCUACAAGGAGCCGCCCCUGACGACUGCCAACUCGCUGCUCUCCAUCCUCGGCACCGAGUACCCCGUGGAGAAGCUCUUCGUCUACAUCUCCGACGACGGCGGCGCGCUGCUGACCUUCGAGGCCAUGGCGGAGGCGUGCGAGUUCGCCAAGGUGUGGGUGCCCUUCUGCCGCAAGCACUCCAUCGAGCCGCGCAACCCGGACUCGUACUUCAACCAGAAGGGAGACCCCACCAAGGGCAAGAAGCGGCCGGACUUCGUCAAGGACCGGCGGUGGAUCAAGCGCGAGUACGACGAGUUCAAGGUCCGCAUCAACGGGCUGGCGGACCUCAUCCGCCGGCGCGCCAACGCCAUGAACGCCCGCGAGCGCAAGCUCGCCCGCGACAAGCAGCAGGCCGCCGCCGACGUCCCGGCCGUCAAGGCGACCUGGAUGGCCGACGGCACCCACUGGCCCGGCACCUGGCUGGACCCGGCCCCCGACCACGCCAAGGGCGACCACGCGAGCAUAGUGCAGGUGAUGAUCAAGAACCCUCACUACGACGUGGUCCCCGGCGACGCCUCGUCGCACCCGUACCUGGACUUCACCGGCGUGGACGUGCGCGUGCCCAUGUUCGUGUACCUCUCGCGCGAGAAGCGCCCCGGGUACGACCACAACAAGAAGGCCGGCGCCAUGAACGCCAUGGUGCGCGCGUCGGCCAUCCUCUCCAACGGGCCCUUCAUGCUCAACUUCGACUGCGACCACUACAUCUACAACUGCACGGCCAUCCGCGAGGCCAUGUGCUACAUGCUCGACCGCGGCGGCGACCGCAUCUGCUACAUCCAGUUCCCGCAGCGCUUCGAGGGCAUCGACCCCUCCGACCGCUACGCCAACCACAACACCGUCUUCUUCGACGGCAACAUGCGCGCGCUCGACGGCCUGCAGGGCCCCAUGUACGUCGGCACCGGCUGCCUCUUCCGCCGCUACGCCGUCUACGGCUUCAACCCGCCGCGCACCAACGAGUACCGCGGCAUCUACGGCCAGGUCAAGGUGCCCGUCGCCGACCCGCACGGCCACCCCGAGGAGCACCCGGACCACGAGGCGCCGCAGCGCUUCGGCAAGUCCAAGAUGUUCAUCGAGACCAUCGCCGUGGCCGAGUACCAGGGCCGCCCGCUGCAGGACCACCCGUCGGUGCAGAACGGCCGGCCCCCCGGCGCGCUGCUCAUGCCGCGCCCGCCGCUGGACGCGGCCACCGUGGCGGAGUCCGUGGCGGUCAUCUCCUGCUGGUACGAGGACGGCACCGAGUGGGGGCUGCGCGUCGGCUGGAUCUACGGCUCCGUCACCGAGGACGUGGUCACCGGCUACCGCAUGCACAACCGCGGCUGGCGCUCCGUCUACUGCAUCACCCGCCGCGACGCCUUCCGGGGCACGGCGCCCAUCAACCUCACCGACCGCCUCCACCAGGUGCUGCGCUGGGCGACGGGCUCCGUGGAGAUCUUCUUCUCCAAGAACAACGCGCUCCUGGCCUCCCGGCGGCUCAAGUUCCUGCAGCGCCUCUCCUACCUCAACGUCGGCAUCUACCCCUUCACCUCCCUCUUCCUCAUCAUGUACUGCCUCCUGCCGGCGCUGUCCCUCUUCUCGGGGCAGUUCAUCGUGGCCACGCUCGACCCGACCUUCCUCUGCUACCUCCUGCUCAUCACCAUCACGCUCAUGCUGCUCUGCCUGCUGGAGGUCAAGUGGUCCGGGAUCGGCCUCGAGGAGUGGUGGCGCAACGAGCAGUUCUGGGUCAUCGGCGGCACGUCGGCGCACCUGGCGGCCGUGCUGCAGGGCCUGCUCAAGGUCAUAGCGGGCAUCGAGAUCUCCUUCACGCUCACCGCCAAGGCGGCGGCCGAGGACGACGACGACCCCUUCGCCGAGCUCUACCUCGUCAAGUGGACGUCGCUCUUCAUCCCGCCGCUCGCCGUCAUCGGGAUCAACAUCAUCGCGCUCGUCGUCGGCGUGUCGCGCGCCGUGUACGCCGAGAUCCCGCAGUACAGCAAGCUGCUGGGCGGGGGCUUCUUCAGCUUCUGGGUGCUGGCGCACUACUACCCAUUCGCCAAGGGGCUCAUGGGGCGGCGCGGCCGCACGCCCACCCUCGUCUACGUCUGGGCGGGGCUCAUCUCCAUCACCGUCUCCCUGCUCUGGAUCACCAUCAGCCCACCGGACGACAGGAUCACACAGGGCGGCAUCGAUGUGUGAUCACUCGCCAAUGCAACGCAAGAUCAUUAUUGUUUUUGCAGUGUCACAUUUAAUUUCUUGUUUCUGGAUGCAAGCAGUAAGAUAAAGGUAGCUAGGCAGGGCAAGAGUCCUUUAUUCUGUACCAUGUAGGGGCUAGUGUACAAACAAACAGAGAUG